CCGGCCACCCGGGCGCGUCCCCACCAAGCAGAGCCGCGCUGCCGCAGGGAGCCGCCGCCGCCGGCGGGAUGAGCGGGAGCGGCGCCCCGGGGCCCGGCGCGGCUCCUUGCCGCUUCGCCCACUACUUCGUGCUGUGCGGCAUCGACGCGGAGAGCGGGCUGGAGCCCGACGAGCUGGCAGUCUUGUACAAAUGGCUAGAAGCAGAACUCCAUGGCAAGAGCUCAGAUACUGCAGACAAAACCUCAGGAGAGAAUUUCGAUCAGAGUCCCUUAAGAAGAACCUUCAAGUCCAAAGUUUUGGCCCAUUAUCCUCAGAACAUUGAGUGGAACCCCUUUGACCAGGAUGCUGUCAAUAUGCUGUGUAUGCCCAAAGGGCUGUCUUUCAGGACACAGGCAGACAACAGAGAUCCACAGCUCCAUUCGUUCAUCAUCACCAGAGAAGAUGGCUCUCGUACAUAUGGGUUUGUGCUCACGUUCUAUGAGGAGGUCACAAGCAAGCAGAUCUGCACAGCCAUGCAAACACUCUACCAGAUGCACAAUGCAGAGCAAUACAGCAGUGUCUGCGCCUCUUCCUCAUGCAGCAUGGACUCCCUGGCCAGCAGCAUUGAUGAGGGCGAUGCCACGUCCCUUGCCAAGCUCCAGCGGUACAAUUCCUACGACAUCAGCAGAGACACACUGUACGUCUCCAAAUGCAUUUGCCUCAUCACCCCUCUGCCCUUCAUGCAAGCCUGCAAGAAGUUCCUGAUACAGCUCUACAAGGCGGUGACAUCCCAGCAGCCACCUCCUCUGCCCCUGGAGAGCUACAUCCACAACAUCCUCUACGAGGUGCCCCUGCCACCCCCAGGGAGGUCACUGAAGUUUUAUGGGGUUUAUGAGCCCAUCAUUUGCCAGAGACCAGGGCCCAACGAACUCCCGCUCUCUGACUACCCACUGCGGGAGGUCUUCGAGCUGCUGGGCCUGGAGAACCUGGUCCAGGUUUUCACCUGUGUUCUUCUGGAGAUGCAGAUCCUUCUGUACUCACAAGAUUAUCAGCGGCUGAUGACCGUGGCAGAAGGGAUCACAACGCUGUUGUUCCCAUUUCAGUGGCAGCAUGUGUAUGUCCCCAUCCUUCCUGCCUCUCUCCUGCAUUUUCUGGACGCUCCUGUUCCCUACCUGAUGGGGCUGCAGUCCAAGGAGGGAACCGACCGCUCCAAGCUGGAGCUGCCUCAGGAGGCAAACCUGUGCUUUGUGGACAUUGAUAACCAUUUCAUCGAACUGCCAGAGGAAUUCCCCCAGUUCCCCAACAAGCUGGAGUUCAUCCAGGAAAUCUCCGAGGUUCUCCUGCAGUUUGGCAUCCCACCAGAGGGUAACCUGCACUGCAGCGACAGUGCCACCAAACUCAAGAACCUGGUCCUUAGUGACCUGGUGAACGACAAAAAGAACGGGAACAUCUCCAGCAAUGCCCUCAACAUGUAUGAGCUGCUGAAGGGCAAUGAGACGAUCGCCCGCCUGCAAGCCCUGGCCAAAAGAACUGGCGUGACGAUGGAGAAAAUGACCAUCACGGCUCCCCUUGCAGAGAAGGAGAAGGAUGGGAAGUUGCCCUGUGAGGAGGUGGAGCUGAGGGACUACAAACUGAACGUGCAGCUUCGCGAGGUGUUCGCCAACCGCUUCACGCAGAUGUUUGCAGACUAUGAGGCUUUCGUCAUUCAGGCUGCCCCCGAUAUGGAGUCGUGGCUGACAAACAGGGAACAAAUGCAAAACUUUGACAAAGCUUCCUUCCUUUCGGACCAACCUGAGCCUUACCUCCCAUUUCUUUCACACUUCAUCGAAACACAGAUGUUUGCAACCUUCAUAGACAAUAAGAUAAUCUCCCAGUGGGAAGAGAAGGACCCUUUUCUGCGAGUUUUUGACUCCCGAAUUGAAAAAAUAAAGCUAUAUAAUGUAAGGGCCCCUGCACUGCGGACAUCCAACUAUCAGAAAUGCAGCACUUUGAAAGAAGCAGGUCGACUCUCUAUUCAGCGUCUAGUUUUGGUAGAUAUUGUGGCACCGGAACCUCAUUUUCUGUCUUGUGAAACGCAGCAAACAGAUACUCAGUCCAUCGAGCAGCGGCUGAUGAAGAUCGAUCACACGGCUAUCCACCCACACUUACUUGAUAUGAAGAUUGGCCAAGGGAAAUAUGAACAAGGAUUUUUCCCAAAGUUGCAAUCUGAUGUCUUGGCAACAGGACCCACCAAUAACAACCGCUGGGCCAGUCGUAGCACCACCACGCAGCGGAGGAAGGACCGCUUGCGGCAGCACUCGGAGCAUAUCGGUCUGGACAAUGAUUUGAGGGAGCCAUCGGAGGAGCUUUUGCUUCGUCAGAACUCAAUGGCCUUCUGGGAGUGGGAUCAGGGACCACCCCCUCCUGCACGGCCUCCUAAAAAAUCCUUCUCUGAGUGCUGCCUGAAAUACAUGCAGGAGGCAAGGAGUUUAGGAAAAAAUUUAAGGCAGCCCAAACUCUCAGACCUCUCUCCAGCUGUGAUUGCACAGACCAACUGGAAAUUCGUGGAAGGGUUACUGAAGGAAUGUCGUGUGAAGACUAAACGUAUGUUGGUAGAGAAGAUGGGCCAUGAAGCAGUUGAGCUGGGACAUGGAGAAGCCAACAUAACAGGUCUGGAGGAAAAUACGUUGAUUGCUAGUCUCUGUGAUUUGCUAGAAAGAAUCUGGAGCCACGGUCUGCAGGUCAAGCAGGGAAAAUCUGCUUUGUGGUCCCAUUUACUUCAGUACCAGGAGAGAGAAGAGAAGCAAGAGCAUAGUGCAGAGUCUCCAGUUGCUGUUGGAACAGAAAGACGGAAGUCUGAUACAGGAAUUACUCUGCCUACUUUGAGGGUUUCCCUGAUACAAGAUAUGAGGCAUGUUCAGAACAUGAGUGAAAUAAAAACUGAUGUGGGACGAGCCCGAGCCUGGAUAAGGCUUUCUCUGGAGAAGAAGCUUUUGUCUCAGCACCUGAAGCAGCUGCUUUCCAACCAGGCUCUUGCCAAGAAGCUUUAUAAGCGUUACGCUUUCCUGCGCUGUGAGGAAGAACGGGAACAGUUCUUGUAUCACCUGCUCUCACUCAAUGCUGUGGAUUACUUCUGCUUCACAAGCGUCUUCACCACAAUCAUGAUCCCUUACAGGUCAGUGAUAAUUCCCAUCAAAAAACUGAGCAAUGCAAUAACCACGUCAAAUCCAUGGAUAUGUGUAUCAGGGGAACUAGGAGAUACAGGUGUAAUGCAGAUUCCUAAAAACCACCUAGAAAUGACAUUUGAGUGCCAGAACUUAGGGAAGCUGACGACCGUUCAGAUUGGUCAUGACAACUCAGGGCUACUGGCCAAGUGGCUGGUUGAUUGUGUCAUGGUCAGAAAUGAAAUAACAGGACACACGUACAAGUUUCCCUGUGGGAGAUGGCUGGGGAAAGGUGUUGAUGAUGGCAGCCUGGAGCGAAUACUCAUUGGAGAGCUGGUGUCCUCCACAUCUGAUGAAGAGCUGGGAAAGCAGUGCCGUACCCCACCACAGCAGAAAUCUCCUACCACAGCUCGACGGCUUAGCAUCACUUCCCUCACAGGGAAGAACAACAAACCUAAUGCGGGACAGAUCCAAGAGGGAAUUGGGGAAGCUGUGAACAAUAUUGUGAAGCACUUUCACAAGCCAGAGAAAGAGAGAGGGAGCCUUACCAUUCUGCUGUGUGGAGAGAAUGGCCUGGUUGCAGCACUGGAGCAGGUCUUUCACCAUGGAUUCAAAUCUGCUCGCAUUUUUCAUAAGAAUGUCUUCAUCUGGGAUUUCAUAGAGAAAGCUGUUGCUUAUUUUGAAACCAGUGACCAGAUUGGAGAUAAUGAGGAGGCCCUUUUGCUUCAGAGAUCUUCAUGCAAAACCUUCUGUCAUUAUGUGAAUGCCAUCAAUACUGCUCCCAGAAACAUUGGAAAGGAUGGCAAAUUCCAGAUUCUGGUUUGCCUGGGGACAAGGGACCACUUGCUGUCUCAGUGGAUCCCAUUGCUGGCAGAGUGUCCGCCCAUUACAAGGAUGUAUGAGGAGAAUGCUCUCCUACGGGACCGCAUGACUGUCAACUCCCUUAUUCGAGUCCUACAGACAUUGCAAGAUUUCAAUAUCAUCCUAGAAGGAUCUCUCAUUAAAGGAGUGGAUGUUUAGCAUGGCUUUGCUGAGAACUUCAUUAUUCCUUUCCCAAGCAAGCAAACCACAAUUGGAGACCUGUCAGGACUUGAACACGAUGGUAGUGCACCACUGUAAGGCAAAGCUGCCAGUUGAAAUGGGAGUGGGAAGCCCAGUUUGUGCCUGAUGGGGACUGUCCUCUAAAGCUGCAGAAAGCUAAGAUGCAGUAUUGUAGUUUAUUUGAAACAGAAAUUUAGUAUAAAAUAGAGUAUUUUCAUGUGUUAGAUGUGUGUAAAUAUGCUAUCUUCUUUAAGAAAUUAUACUGCUCUAAGAAAUUUUUCUUAGACUGAAUGUUCUUGUUCUGACUGAGUAGCUUAAACCCAGGGAAGGACUGAGGGGAGGGAAGGACCGGGGGGAGGGAAGGACCGAGGUGAGAAGGGAUGCCACUACUUGCUUGCAAGGAAGAAGCCAAUCAAUGUGUAAAUACAGCGCAAACUCAGCAGGGCUUUUUUCGGGUAUUGCAAAUUAAUACAGCAAAUAUCCUUAUGUAGCCAUUGUGAUUGUCUCACUCUUGGAAAUGUUGUAAGCAUAUAUGCUGUCUUACCCUACUGUACAUGGGCUCUCUUAGGUCUUUGUUUGUUCAAAGACUCAAGCCAUUCCGUGCAUGGAAGUUGUGAGUCGUCAUGUUUUUUUCUGUUAGGUUUUAUGUGUCACUUCUGUUGAUCUCCAAAAAGGGAGACAAGUGUUGAAAUGCUUAAACACUGGUGAGGAGGACUGCUAUCAGCCUCAGAGCCUGAGAGUAUGAGAGACCUGUGUAAGGGGUGCUGCUGCAGCCUGAGAUGGGGAACAAUGGCUUGCUUGACUCGCUUGAUGUAUCCCUUGCCUAUCUAGAUGUUCUGAUGAUUCCCCCUCGCCCUCAGCCAGUUUGUGUUGUGGAUGACUUUUUUUUCCCCAUGUUGAGGAAUUUGGUUCAUACCAAAUUCUUGCUGUACUUGAGAGGAAUCAUUGCUGUAGAGCUGCAAACACGGAUGUUGCUGUGCUACUGAACUGUAUCAGCUGGUUUUGAAAUGC